CAACACAAGUUUUAAAGGGCAGAGUUGUAAAACUCCCAGGCUGUGGGGAGUGAGCUCGCUAGGCUGCUGAUCACAUUCUCCGUUCCCCACGGACAUAAACACGCCUGGAUUUCAGACAUAUCUUCAGCUCCUUGUUUUUAAAUCUCUUUUUAUAGAAAUUCCUACAAGUCCGAACGAGUUAAAUAGCUCCUGAAGCAAGAAAAAGGGCCUGCUGCUGUGAAUUCCCAUGAUGGUGGUUGGGUUCUGAAUGCCGAUUGUGUAAUUGUCGCGAGUAAGGACGUGAUCCCGGUUCUGUAGCUCAGCGGCAGGAAAAUACUGGAACAUCCUGAUCGGUCGUUAAAGGGGGCUGUCUCAACAUGUCUGUGUGCCACAGGAGGCAAUCCCAUCCAUGACUGUUGACAACUGCCUUCACAUCCCCUCUGCUUGCAGAGAAUCUUCCACCCGACUCUGCAGGACGGAUAUUGAAUUUGUCAACAAGCACUCGGGAGUGUCCUCAUCACUGCUGCCCUGGAGGCUUACAACGUUCAGAAGCAACUCGGACAGUAGAAGAAACAUCCUGGUGACUGGAGCAGCUAUGCAGCUUGAAAUUCAAGUAGCUCUCAACUUUAUUAUUUCCUAUUUAUACAACAAACUCCCCAGGCGACGUGUGAAUAUCUUUGGCGAGGAGCUGGAAAGGCAGCUGAAGAAGAAAUAUGAGGGGCACUGGUAUCCUGAUAAGCCAUACAAAGGGUCGGGCUUCAGGUGCAUUCAUGUAGGGGAGAAGGUGGAUCCUGUGGUGGUGCAGGCGGCCAAAGAAAGUGGGCUGGACAUCGAGGAUGUCCGGAAUAACCUCCCUCAGGACCUUAGCGUGUGGAUUGACCCAUUUGAAGUUUCUUACCAGAUUGGGGAGAAGGGACCGGUGAAGGUGUUGUAUGUGGAUGACAACAACGAGAAUGGGUCUGAGCUGGACAAAGAGAUCAAGAACAGCUUUAACCCGGAGGCCCAGGUCUUCAUGCCAAUCAGCGACCCUGUCGGGGCCUCCUCAGAGUCCAGCUCUCCAUCCCCUCCUUUUGGGCAGUCUGCUGCCGUGAGCCCAUCGUUCAUGCCUCGCUCCACUCAGCCCCUAACCUUCACAACCGCCACCUUCGCUGCCACCAAAUUCGGUUCGACUAAGAUGAAGAGCAGCAGCCGUGGAAACAACAGUAACGGCAGCAGUAGCAGCAAGGUGGCCCCCACCUCCCCGACCAGUAACCUUGGUCUGAAUGUCAACACUCUACUGAAGCAAAAAGCCAUGUCCAGCUCCAUGCACUCGCUGUACGGGCUGGGCCAGCAGCAGCAGAAGGCCUCUGCUCUGUCCCCCAAUGCCAAGGAGUUUGUGUUCCCAAGCCUGCAGGGCCAGUCCAGCCCUGGAGCCGUGUUCCCCGGGGAGGGCUCCCUGGGGCUGGGCCCACUGCAGUACAACAAUGCCUUUGACAUGUUUGCAGCCUACGGAAGCCUCAACGACAAGUCCCUGGUGGAUGGUCUCAGCUUCAGCCUGAGCAACAUGCAGUAUUCUAACCAGCAAUUCCAGCCAGUCAUGGCUAACUAGGCUCAUCGUCGGAUGUGCUGCUCGUGAAUGAUGGUGGCUCAAAGAGAAGGAAAAACAAACACGCACACGUGGAACUGAGCUGAAGGACUUGGCCGUGUCAUGGGUGAGGCGCAUGUGCCCCCCCACCCCCUCAGUAAAAGCUUGUUGUACAAACGCAUCCAGGCUCGGUUACUUCAGUUCAACAUGCAUCAUUGUUUUACUUCUUCUUUUUUGCCAACCAAGCACAACGAAUUUUCCUUUUUUACUUUGAGGAACUCCUCCAGAAGAAGAAUAACGAGGAUCACAAGCUUCAGAGUAUUUCAGCGGUGGAAGGCGAGGCAGAUUUUUAUUGAUAGGCACUACUAAGUGAGGUUACUUGGGUCUUUUUCUAAUUGUAUAAUUUAAUUUAGUACAGAGUUUGUAAGAUAUCAGAGUAUAUAUUGUUUCUAUGACAUGGUGUUGCAUUUCUAUCUUUUUACUACUCCAGUGAUCUGUGAUGGCUGCAGCAGCUUUCCUUUGUUUCUUUUUUUUUUAAGAGAAUUGUUAAAGAAAUCCAUCUCUGAAAAUCCGAUAUUCUGGAGAAGAUUGCGUACAGAGUAUUCCUUUAGUGGUGGAAUUCAAAUGUAGGAAGAUUUGCUUUUUUCCGAAAGAUGAAUUGUAUUUUCUGUUAAGAGGCUAAAGAUUUUGCUAUACUAUUGACUAAAGUAAUCGUAUGAAUAUUAAUUUUGUACCUACAUUGUGCAAUACUUGAUAAAGAAAACACGGUAUAACAAAGUAUUUUGAGUCAGUGUCUUACAUGUCAGGAGGGACUGAAAUAGUUUAUAUUAAGUUUGUAUUAAAUGCUUAAAAUGAUAUGCUUGUCUUUAUUUUUUUUAAUUUCAUAUUUGCACCCUGGUCUUUUUAAUAAAAUAAACUACAGUUGAACAUGG